CACUCUUCUCCAUCACCUCUCUCCUCUCUCCGCCUCAGUCGAUCUAGGGUUUCAAACCUCUGCUAGGGUUUCGAUUCGGAGUGGUGUGUGUGUUGGGGGGAGGGGGGCGGAGAGGGGGUGGGGAGGAGGCGAUCAUGAUCCAGGAGGCGGCGGCGGCGGGGAUCCGGAGCGUGGAGCGGCUGAUCGCGCAGAUCUCGAGGCAGCAGGAGUCGGCGCCGGCGCCGGCGCCGGCGCCGGUCGACUGCCGCGAGAUCGCCGACUUCACCGUCGCCAAGUUCCGGAAGCUCAUCUCCGUCCUCAACCGCACCGGCCACGCCCGCUUCCGCCGCGGCCCCUCCGCCCCCGUGGAGGAGGAGGACGAGGAGGAGCCGCCGCUGCGAACCCUAACCCUAGCCCCGAACCCGCCGAAGCCCUCGCCGUCGCCGGGGAAGGGGCCGGCCACGGGGCUCGCCCUAAGCCUAGAUUUCGGUAAGGCGAUCGGGAUCGGGGCCGGGGAGGAGAGCUUCAGCAUCUCGUCGGCGAACUCCUCGUUCCUCUCGUCGAUCACCGGGGACGGGAGCGUCUCCAACGGGAGGCAAGGGGGCGCGGCGUCGUCGUCGUCUCUCCUCUUCGCCCCUCCUUCCUCCGCCUCCGCCGCCGCCGCCGGGAAGCCGCCGCUCAUGUCGUCGUCGCCACUUAUCAAGAAGAGGUGCCACGGCCACGGCCACGGCCACGGCCACGCACACGCCGAGGACGUGGCUGGGAAGUACGGCGUUAAUGGCGGACGAUGCCACUGUUCGAAGAGAAGGAAAUUGAGGGUGAAGAGGACGAUACGGGUGCCGGCGAUAAGCUCGAAGGUAGCGGACAUCCCCCCCGACGAGUACUCGUGGCGCAAGUACGGCCAGAAGCCCAUCAAGGGCUCCCCUUAUCCCCGGGGAUAUUACAAGUGUAGUACGCUGCGGGGAUGCCCUGCACGGAAGCACGUGGAGAGGGCGCCGGACGAUCCCGCCAUGCUCAUUGUUACGUAUGAGGGCGAGCAUCGCCACACCCACGACCCCUCUCACCCCCUCAACGCCUGAGAUCCCAUCUCAGCCGUCCCUUUUCUUUUUUUUUUCCUUUUUCUUUAAUGUUUUUUUUUUUUUGUUUACCUUUUUCUUGAAAUGUGUAAAUGGUGUUUGGAGAAGUUAUUAGAAAACGAAAAAGGAGACGGUUUGGUUGAUAUUUUACUGGUUGUGAUAA